CUUUCAAACUUUCUCAUUUCCCUUCUUUUCCUUUCCUGUCUCCCUCUUUUUCUUCUCUUAUUCAAGGUAUUGCUUCAAACACAAUUGCCUUUGCUACUACUAAUUCACAUCGUUCCGCUAACUUAAACAAGGAUGAAGCGGUUUUCAACUUGUUUUGAUCGCUAGUUAGCUGAAAUUCUCAUUCUUUUGGAGGUUUUUCAAAUUGGGUUUUAGGAAUGCUGUUGUUUUUCUCGGGAUUCUCAAUGAAAGUUUUUUUUUUUUUCUUCACAUUGGGCGGGAAUUAUAGUUGUUUUGAGUUCAAGUUUAGCAUUUUCAGUGAGUUUUUUUUUUCUUCUUGAAAAAUUCAGUGUCGGCAGUGAGUAAGAUAUAGAAUUAUGGUUCAAGAAGCUUUUUUUUUUUUUUUUAAAUCUUUUUCAUCCAGAUUACUCUGUUUCGUAGCUGAGAAAGUGGAGGAAAUGAGAAGGAAUUGAACUGAAUUCGUGAACUAAAGUUUUCAUUAUUUCAGUCAUCUCCAAUCCCAAUUGUGAACUAAAAACGAACUUUUCGAAAUAUUUUCACUGUACUGGGUUCUCAUUUUAUCUUACCAAUUCUCAAAAUUCAAUUCCUUUUUCCUUUGUUUUUCUUUGGGAACAAUAGAACAAUGUAAAGAAAAUAAGAAGCUUUCUGCUGCAUUUUUAUUCAAUGAACUGACAGUAUAUUUCAGCUACCAAAGUAAUUUACUUUAUGUACUAACAAUUACAAUUUUGUUAACUUUUCUUGCAGGUUUCUCAGGAAAAUUAUCUCUUCUUUCCAGAAAGUUUUGCUCACUGAGUAACAGAAGGAAUUUUAAAUUAUUAACAUAAAAAACAUGAUUGGACCAACGGACUUCAUUGAUGAGAUAGAUUGCGGCAGCUUCUUCGACCACAUAGAUGAUCUCCUCGACUUCCCUAACGAGGAUAUCGAACCUGGCUUAUCAGCAUCCGGAUCCGCCUUCAACGCCGCCGCUUUUCCUGGCAUUUGGACUGCUCAUUCCGAGUCAUUUCCUGCUUCUGACUCGGUUUUUUCCAACAACACCGCUCCCGACCUCUCUGCGGAACUCUCCCUACCGUACGAAGACAUUGUUCAAUUGGAGUGGUUGUCAAACUUUGUUGAAGAUUCUCAUUGUGGAGCAAGCUUGACAAUUAAGAAAGAAGAGUCCUCUUCAAUCAAUAAGGACUCCUCCCAUCACCAAUUCCAGACAUCCAGCCCGGUUUCUGUUCUGGAAAGCAGCAGCUCUUGCUCAGGGGACAAAACAUUGCCGCCAAGUCCUGAGACGGCUGCUCCAGGAAGGCCCGGACGUGCACGUAGCAAACGUCCCCGCCCUGCCACAUUCAAUCCUCGUCCGGCGAUUCAGCUUGUCUCCCCUACUUCAUCUGUCAAUGAGAAUAAUGUUCCUCAGCCGUUUGUCGUCCCCAAGGUGCCUUCAGACUCUGAGAACUAUGCAGAGUCUCGACUUUUGAUCAAAAUACCUAGGCAAGUUAAUCCAGAACAUAAGAAAAAAAAGAAGAUCAAGUUGUCACUUUCAGCUGCUCCUGCCUAUAAUACUCAAAAUCCAUCAGGACAAGCAGUUAGGAAAUGUAUGCACUGUGAGAUAACAAAGACACCGCAAUGGAGGGCUGGGCCAAUGGGGCCGAAAACCCUUUGCAAUGCUUGUGGCGUGCGUUACAAGUCAGGCAGGCUCUUCCCGGAGUACCGGCCUGCGGCAAGUCCAACAUUUGUUCCAUCUUUGCACUCCAAUUCCCAUAAGAAAGUGAUCGAGAUGAGAACCAAAAGUAGUGCAGCACCCACCACAACAAUGGUCACCACCAAUUCACCAGAGCUGAUUCCAAAUAAAACCAACCCAGCAUUAGAUUAUAUAUGAGGGAGGGUGUAGAGAAUUGUGAAAAUUCCCUUUGUUGGGAUAAUCUUUCUCCUCUCUGUUUCCCUCACUCUCUCUCUGUUUUUUCCCCUUGUAUUAUUUACUGUUAUUUGAUCUUUGUUCAAUUUUUUUUUUUUUUUUGUACAGGGUUGGAAUGAGGGAAUAGGAGCAAUAGAUGACCAAUAUUUUUAGAUGGUAUAGAUGGAUUGUAACGAGAGAAUGAAGAAAAAAAAAAGGGUGGGGGGGUGUUGGGUAGAGAAAAUGGCAGGUUAAGGGUUAGCAAGGUUGUAGGUUUUAGUAAUGGGUAGGUCCUUAAAAGGUCAUUAGUCAUUGGAGUCUGUGUUAAUUUUUUUUCUUUCUCUUCAUGAGAAUUCUUUUUGCAGUUCAUUUGUUAGUAGAAACCAAAUUCUGAUAUCAGUAAUGGAAUUUGAUAAUUUGUUAUUUUCAGUUGAAUUUCUCCAAAAUUUCCUUCAAUUCUAUAAUUUCCUCCAUUCAAAAUUUCCACUUUAAUGUUGCUACAUCUUUUGCUUCUUUAUUUGCAAUGAAACAUUUAGCCCUCUCCAACU